GUUGCAUGCGGAUGACAACACUCACCCUCAAGCCUUCACCAGCUUAAGAAGCAAGAGUUGAACUCGCUAGAUAUUUCUUAUGCAUCUUCGCAUUACGAACUGUCAUAACUCUUGACUGGAUUACGAAACGUCGCCCUGUGUUUUGUGACGCUCCAACAGUGUUUACGAGAAACAUUACACUUUUGUGCCGAGUGGAUUAAUACAAAGUGCAACGCCCUUUUCAUCUUAGGCAAAGGAUUAACUCUGCGUCUUUCUUGAAGACUCCACCAAACUGACAGGAUGAAGACAGACGACAAGACGGUCAACUGUCCCCUCCGAGUGGCGGUUCUGGGCAGCAGUCAAGUUGGCAAAUCUGCCCUCACCGUCCGGUAUCUCACGAAGCGCUUUAUUGGAGAAUACAGAUCAGACACAGACAUGCUGUACAAGUGCGUCCUUCAGAUAGACGGCGCCAACCAACCCGUAGAGAUCAUGGACACAUCAGCCACCACCAGUGAUGAGGCGUCCGACGCCCACCUCCUUUGGGCGGAGGCCUUCGUCAUCGUCUACUCAGUAUCAGACAGAGAUUCCUACCUCCACGCCGAAAGCACGUUGAAGGAACUCACCUCCAGAAGACCAACGGCGAACAUCCUACUGCUUGGAAACAAGAACGACCUGGGACACCUACGGGAAGUCGAGGAGUUGGAGGCGCAGUCCCUGGCCUUCGCCUACGCAGCCCGAUUCACGGAGGUCUCCACGGCGGAGAGCUGCAUCGCCGUCACCGACGCCCUCGACAGUUUCCUGAAGGAGGUGAAGUCCCAGAGACAGUGCAGCAACGGCCACACCCUCAGCACGGGGUCGCCGAAGCAGAGGAAGCUCUCCGUCAGCAGGAUGCUCGGUUCCCUCAUCGGGCGGCAUUCGCCUCCCCCCCAGCACAUCACCGAACUCAUCAUCCUGGACAAGGAGGAGAGAAGCAAGUUGGUUCGAUGCAGUCGGCAGAUUUAGCUCAUCCGAUGCUGAGACCGUCUUCAGCGCUCUCUCUCUCACUCUCUCUCUCUCCGAAGUCAGCGAUUUCCGCAAAACAUGAAAGCAAACUGAAAGACAUAUUUAAACGGGAGAAGCAUCGUCACUUGUCCAAGUGGGCGAACAGCAGUCAAAACAAAUCGAUGUUGCUUUGUUGGAUGUUCGACGAAUCUUCAUAUCGGUGUUUAUAUGUGAUACAUCUCUACCAUUAUUGUAUACAGAAUCACUCUCGGGAUAGGGAGGACUUCAACUUCACCGCCACUUCAUCGCGAAUAAGUUAGAAAGAAAUUCCGAUGGGAAUCUACAAGGUGAAAAGAAGAAGAAGAAAAGAAGAAGAAGAAGGAAAAUAGGUUACCUUUUGAGGUCACGCUGCCUAAAAGGUCUUCGUCAUAUUGGUCAUAUUUCUGAAGUUUUUUUUUUUUUUUUUUUUUUUUUUUUCAUCUCGAAGAGAUGAUUUCUUACAAUAAUGUAUCUCCUUCUGUGAUAUUAGGGUUAGUAUGUUUAUGUUAUAUGUAUUUUUUAUAAUUUAUUUCGUUUCCUAUAUAAAAGACACAAUGAUA